GCUAAAUAUAAUUCGUGAAUGUGAUCACUUCAGUGCUCUGUGAACAGUGGUUUGGAAAAGUACGCAGUUGAGUCCGAGUCGGUCCGCGAGCUACACAAGAUCACAAAAUGGCCCACGAUCUGAAGGAUGUUGAAAUUGAGAAGGCGCAGUUCGUCUUCUCCGUCUACGAUUGGGAAGGUUCCGGCCAGAUGGAUGCCAUGGAUCUUGGCAACGCUCUUCGCGCCCUGAACCUGAACCCAACCAUCGAGCUGAUCGGCAAGAUGGGCGGCACCCAGAAGCGCGGUGAGAAGAAGAUCAAGUUCGAGGAAUUCCUGCCAAUCUUCUCGCAGGUCAAGAAGGAGAAGGAACAGGGCUGCUUCGAGGACUUCCUGGAGUGUCUGAAGCUGUACGACAAGAAUGAGGAUGGCACCAUGCUGCUCGCAGAACUGACCCACAGCUUAACGGCUCUCGGUGAGCGACUGGAUGAUGUGGAGCUGGAGAACGUCAUGAAGGACUGCAUGGACCCGGAGGAUGAUGACGGCAACAUCCCAUACGCACCAUUUCUUCAGAGAUUGUGUGACCACAAGCCUUAAGCGAGCUAUUUAUAUAAUACAAAAUAUCAAAAGAGAGAACAACACCAUCCUCACUAUCGGAAACAAGACAGACAGCAACGAUGGAAACAACCUGGCGAACUUGACAACACCAGCAACACAUCUGCGAACAACACCAGCAAACACUGAGUUUUUCCAGUUGAAGUCAGCAGCAACAGCAGCAGCAAAGUGAACACACAUACAAAUGCAAACAAACAAGCAAGCAAACAAACAAAAAAAAGAGAA